GAUUAGAUGAUGCAUUUUCACGGUAUUGGUGUAUUUUAGUAGUAGUUAUUAUGAAAUGCAAGCAUGAAAAAGCCACAUGUGCCAAUCCCAUCAAGAAACUAGAUAUAGCAUACAAACUAAAAGCAUGAGAAACAGAGAGAUUAUAUCGCCUAAUAUUCUGCUCUCAUGGUAUAUAGAUUAACCAUUUAACUAUACAAAAGCCUCACCAAAGAUAAAAAGGAGAAAACCAUAGUCCCUCCAAUUAACCCCUCAUAAACCUAUGGUUAAUUGUUUUGUUUCUAAUAUCACCUCUCACUCUUCUUCAUUCAUUUACCUUAAUUUAACAUUCUCUAAUUUAUAAUCUCAUUUAAUUUUCAUUAUCUAUCUUUUUUGCUAAGUGUGGCUAACUCUUAUCUAGUGUACAAUUUUUCAUGGCACCAAGGAGGAGCAGGGGCCUAUUAGAUGGAGGAGAUGAACGUUACGGAUUAAUGUCUUUUGAAAACAAAGACAUGUUCCCUAUGAAACGUAAAAUCAUAAGACAUUGCCAAAAGAAAUUCAAACGAAGACAUCUAUUUGGGGGAUUAAUGGUUCUUGUUUUUAUGAGUGUUCUUACCAAGUUUUUAUUGUUGAACAUUUUUUCUGAUCAGCUAGAUUUGGAUCCUACAAUAAUUCAUUCAAAUGUGGUGAAAGAUGAACCUUCACAAAACAAUUUGCCGACUCUCGAAAUUUGGAAGCAUCCUAAUAGUGAGAACAAUUUCAAAUGCAUGGGACGAGCAAAGAAAGACAUACGGAAAGGAAACGCAACAAAUGGCUACCUUUUAGUUCACGCCAAUGGAGGAUUAAAUCAAAUGAAAACCGGAAUAAGUGACAUGGUAGCAAUUGCAAAAAUUAUGAAUGCCACUCUUGUUAUGCCAACAUUAGAUCAUAAUUCAUUUUGGACCGAUCCUAGUACAUUUAAAGAGAUUUUUAACUGGGAGAACUUCGUUGAAGUUUUACAUGAUGAGGUUGAAAUAGUGGAGUCUCUACCACCUGAACUUGCAGCAAUUAAGCCAGUUUUAAAGGCCCCUGUUUCUUGGUCCAAGGCCAGUUAUUACAAAGGAGACAUGUUGCAAUUGUUGAAGAAAAAUACAGUAAUAAAAUUUACUCAUACAGAUUCUCGUCUAGUGAAUAAUGGUCUAGCUAACUCAAUUCAGAGAGUGCGUUGCCGUGCCAUGUAUGAGGCACUUAGGUUUGCAGUCCCAAUUGAAGAGUUUGGAAAGAAGUUGGUAAAUCGACUUAGAAAUGACAACACCCCUUAUAUUGCUCUCCAUUUGAGAUAUGAAAAGGACAUGCUUGCUUUCACAGGAUGCAGUCACAACCUAACAAAAGCAGAAGCACAAGAGCUUAGAAAAAUGAGAUAUCAAGUAAAACAUUGGAAAGAAAAAGAAAUUGAUGGAAGAUCAAAGAGAUUAAAAGGAAACUGCCCCAUGACACCAAGAGAAGUUGCUGUUUUUAUAGAAGCACUUGGUUAUCCACUUGACACCAAAAUUUAUAUAGCAUCAGGGGAAAUUUAUGGCUUAGAGGGAAUGAAAACUCUUCAAAACAAGUUUCCAAAUUUGCUCAUGCAUUCUAAUUUAGCCACAAAAGAAGAACUUGAACCAUUUCAAGGACACCUUAAUCAACUUGCUGCUCUUGAUUACUACGUAACUGUGGAAAGUGAUGUUUUUGUUUAUAGCUAUGAUGGGAAUAUGGCUAAAGCUGCUACAGGUCAUAGAAAAUUCAAUGGAUUCAGAAAGACCAUUAGCCCUAACAAGGCAAAAUUUGUGAAAUUAAUUGAUAAGUUGGACAAUGGUUUGAUUUCAUGGGACGAUUUUUCAUCAAAGGUUAAGAGUAUACAUGCCAACAAUAUUGGAGCACCUCAACCUAGAAAAGUUCACCGACACCCCAAAUUGGAAGAGAAUUUCUAUGCCAACCCUUUUCCAGGUUGUAUUUGUCAAAAGCCAUUCAGCAUUAUAUUGAACACAACUCAUGACUUCUUAUGAUUUAAUCUAACAAAAAUUAAUGUAUUUUAGGAUGAGAGGAAGUACCAUUAAAAUUGAUAUGAAUGUGUGUAAAUAUAUGUCGAGGGAUUUGGAAAUUUGAGUUACAUAAGUGAUAAUUUAAAUUGAAUAGUAUGUUAGAAUAGAUAGAAAAAGUUAAUUGGUAGGUGUGAUAUAUACUAGAUGGUAUCAUAGUCAUACUAUGAAUUGUAUUUUAGAUUUUGAAUGUUACACUAGCUAGGCUCUCGAAUUCAGCAUGAAUUCAAUUUAGAUCUUGUCAACAUGACUUGAAUUAUAUAUUUAUAUCUUGGUGUCAACUUAUUUAGUUGAUGAUUUA